AGACAGACAUCUCUGUAAUAUUUUGAUUGGAAAGUGUGCCACAUGCAUUGCCUGUGAAGGACCUGAUGAGCCUCAUAUUGAAAAGCAAGGAUCUUGUUUAAAGGUCUAUUUCACAUUAGCAUGUUUUGGAGCUAUGCUGGUAGUUUCUCAGAUAAUGAAUGGUCAGACACAGUCAUUUGACUUCUCCUACUCUCAUUUCCAGCCGGAUGAUGAUGUGCACGUGCCUCCAAUACCAAUGGAUGCAUCUCCUGUACUGGCAGAACUGAAGUGGCCAGGAGAUCAGCAUACAUUAAUGCUGACACUGCGUAUGACUAGGCAAAUAGACAAAAUUAAUGUUCUCAAACUAAUAGCUCUAGAGGCCAUACCUCUUCAUUAUCUCACUUGUUACGUCUUCAUACUGCAGUUGCUGGUGGUACUAAUUCAGUAUGUACCUCCUCCUGCAAAGUCAGCAUCCCUAGAAAUCACCUCCAGAGGCAGUAGCUGGUAUGAGUCUUCAGAUGGGCAGGAAGCUGCCAGCUGGUCAAUGGUGAGUGGAAUCGGUCGAAAUUGGCCGUGGGCCUCUGGUGGCAGCAGCAUUUUGGCAGAAUUUGGGACUUUGCAUCUGGAGUUCGUACACUUGAGCCACCUGUCUGGAAACCCUGUCUUUGCUGAAAAGGUAAUGAACAUUCGAAAAGUUCUAAGUCGACUGGAUAAACCAGAGGGCCUUUACCCCAACUAUCUGAAUCCCAGCAGUGGUCAAUGGGGCCAGCAUCACGUCUCCAUUGGAGGGCUUGGGGAUAGCUUUUAUGAAUAUCUGCUCAAGGCAUGGCUGAUGUCGGACAAGACAGAUGAAGAAGGAAAGAAAAUGUAUUACGAUUCUGUUCAGGCCAUAGAGACCCACCUCAUUCGAAAAUCAAGCGGGGGGCUGACAUACAUCGCUGAGUGGAAGGGCGGGCUGCUCGAACACAAGAUGGGACAUCUCACUUGUUUUGCCGGAGGCAUGUUUGCCCUGGGAGCAGACGGAGCCCCCAGCGACAAGACGGGCCAUCACAUCGAGCUCGGUGCUGAAAUUGCAAGGACUUGCCACGAAUCCUAUGAUCGUACAAGCAUGAAACUGGGACCAGAAGCCUUCAGAUUUGAUGGUGGUGUUGAGGCCAUUGCUACAAGGCAAAAUGAAAAAUACUACAUCCUACGACCAGAAGUCAUAGAGACCUACAUGUACAUGUGGCGGCUCACUCAUGACCCAAAGUACAGGCAGUGGGGAUGGGAAGCUGUAGAGGCACUUGAAAAACACUGCAGAGUAGAUGGUGGCUAUUCUGGCAUUAGAGAUGUUUAUAACAAUCAUGAAAGCCAUGACGACGUGCAGCAAAGUUUCUUCCUUUCAGAGACACUCAAGUACUUGUAUUUACUGUUUUCUGAAGAUGAUCUUCUUCCAUUUGAACACUGGGUCUUCAACACAGAGGCUCAUCCUCUCCCUGUUCUUCACAAAGAUGAGGGAAAUAAAGAAGAAAACCAGAAAUAGAUGAAGUUAUACUUUGUUUCAUUCCUUAUGUUUCGUUCAAGGACUUGGGCACAUUAUUUGGUUUUAAAUUCCUGAGUUAAAUUUUUUAAUCAAGUGUUUUGCAGUCUGUUUUCUUGAAGAGUAAAUAUUUAUGAAUGAACACCAACUGAUUAUGAUAGAACUUCAGUUCUCUCAUCCAGCUGAACCACUUAGAAGAGAAAUAGCACCUCUCUCCAGAUUUAGUUAGGCUGCAGUGUCAUCUUGGCCAAAAAGAGCAGAGGGUCUGCAUGUUACUUGUUUCCUGUUAGAAUUUAAUUUGACUGCAAAAUUCUUUUCUCCUCUGUGAGGAGAUGUCUGCUUUAAGCUGUAAUAUUUUGCCAUGUUGCAAAAAGCCAUACUGAAUUAAGUAUAAAGAGCUUUUUUCUUUU